AUGGACAGUGCCCUUUGUUCCCAGCUCUCGUCUGUCAAGCGAGGAAUCAAAGUCAAUACGAUGAGCUCGGAACAAUGUCUGGGACUUCCGAAGACAGCAUUGCAAGUGGGGCAGAAAGAUCCAACAAACUACCCGGGCAUGUCGGAUGCAAGCGACGCGAUUAGGCAGAACACAGCGCAGUUCCAGCGGCAGCCUCAGACCUGGCAUGAUGGGACGUCGUUUGCACAAGCCGAGAUUCCGACGACCUCGCCCGGGAGUGAGAGCUUUGCGACAAAAGCCAGUCUCGAGGCCUUGUCUGAAGAGCUGGGGCAGGCCGUGGUUCGCAUCGUGGAAGUGGAAGCAGUUGUGCAGCGACCGUUUGCGAUUGCAGCUCCUGGGAGCGAAACAGUGCUGCUGGAGGCUGCAAGUCGGAUCGACUCGGUGGAGUCUUCUGUCAAACUUCUUGAAGAGCAGAUGGAGCAUCGCUUGAAGUUCCAGGAUCUUCCUGCAAGUUCAAGCAGUGAGGCGGCGGUGCAGCUCGAAGAGCUAUCCGCACGAGUCUCCAAAGCUCUCAAGCUAGCAGAAACCAGCGGAAGCAGCAUGCAGUCUUUGCGCUUUGACUUGGUCGUGGAGCAGGACCGUGUAGCCAAGAUCACCGAGGAUUUGAACAAGAUGUCCAGGCGGCUUGAGAUCGCCGAGUCUGCCGUUGAGCUGCAGACCAUUAAGGAGCAGGAUCUCUCCGACAGCUCCGCUGCAGAGACGGCACAGCUUGCCAGUGAUUUGCCAAAGGUACACGCACUGACGGAGAGGUUCGAGGCUUCUGAAGGCCGCACCUCCGAAGCUCUGCAGAAGAUGCUCUCGAGCAUCGACAAGGUCCAAGUACUGCACCAGGGCCUCGAAGGCUCCAACCGAGAUCUCACGCAGCUGGUCGACACCCUCUCCUCCCGCCUGGACCGCCUGGAGGCUGACGCGCCCCAAAAAGAGGACCUGCAGACGCUGCUGGCACAGGCGCGGGAGGCCGCUACUUCCAGCAUGCGCCAGCAGCUGUCGGAUAUCAACUCCCAAUCUGGCAAGGACAGCGAGAGGCUCAAAGCCCUGCAGCAGGAACUGGAGCAGCAGAAGGUGAACCAGGCGCAGCUCUCUGAAAGCACGAAGGACUUGACCCGCAAGGUAGAGGCUUCAGAAGCGACGAUCUCGGCGAGUAUGCAGACCUUGGAAGACCAGCUGACCGAGAUGCUCAGAAAGUCAAAGGAUUCCGUCAGCGACGUUCGCAUUACGGUAGAAGAUGUUCUACAACGGGUGGAGGCCACCGAGGCCGCAUCGAAGGCCGUCCGCGAG